GACCAACGCAGGCCCGGCAAGCGGACUAGUCCCUUCCUGCGGACGACCCCGGGGCGAGACUUCCCGUGCCCGCCGCCGGCCGACGUGUGGUUGACUUCCCUGUCAUAGUCCGUGAGAAGGCAGUGCAGGCCGAGGGUGACGAGAAAGGGAGACCGUGAGAGGCGGCGGUGUCUGCCCCGAGCGGAGGCGGGGCUGGCGCUCCGCAGUGGCUGCCAGGGAGAGCUGGCCUCUGGGAGGCGGAUCGCGGGUCCCCUCUCCUGACACCUGUCUCCGAUGGCGGCGGCAGCGCCGAGGGACUCGGCGCAGGUGGGUGUGAGUGCACGGGUCCUCGCCCCGACCUCGUCUCUGAAUCGUACAAGCUUCAGAUGAGGGCUCCUGGGGGUACUGCAGCCCAGGCCCCUGCGUCCAGGACAGCGGAGAACCCCGUCGCCAGGCAGCUCGAUGGGUUGUGGAAGGACGUUACGUGCGCGAAGACGUAGAGGUGCCACACGGCUAGAGCACGCCGGAACCUGGCGUCCUCUGUAGCUGUCGGGUUAAGAGUAUGAGGAGUCGUCACCCUGGAUGGUCAUCCUGAGCUGCCUGGCGUCCACUCUGAGGCCAACGGAAGGUUUCCAACGGAGGAGAGACACGAUCAGAGACGGUUUAAGAGUAUUCCCUAGGCUGCUGAGAGGAGAAAGGCUGGGGGUUGGUUGUGGGGUGAUGAGAACAGGACACAGUAAGAUUUAGUUUAAUAUAGUCGCUCGGAGGCUACCCUAAAGACUGAAGCUGAGGGUUGACAGUUGGCCCCAGGCCACCUUAGGACUCAGCAGGAAUCAGGGAUAGCCUAAGCCUUAUGGUUGCUAACCCUUCACAGGCUCCCUCUUCCCACAGGUUGCCAUGAACUCAGAAGUAAUUAUGGACCCUGUCCAGGUGAGGGGAGGCUGUCCAUGCUGGACCCUGGGGAACCCCAAGCCUAGAGUCUUGAGUUCAGGUCUUGGUUAUAUGGGGGCUCCCAUUCUUGAAAACCACUUGACUGAAGCUGGGAGGCUGCUUCAGACGCGGGAACCAGCAUGAGCAAUACUUGGAGGGGCAGGUGAACUUUGAGGACGUGUUCGUGCACUUCUCCCAAGAGGAAUGGGGGCUCCUGGAUGAGGCUCAGAGGCUCCUGUACCGCGAUGUGAUGCUGGAGAACUUUGCACUUACGGCCUCACUGGGUUGUUCAUGUGGAAUAGCACAUAAAGAGACACAUUUUGAGAAUGGUGUUCCUAGAGAAGGAGUGUCACAAAUCAGGACCAGCAAGGGAGGUUUUUUGAUACAGAAUGCCCACCAUCAGAUGUGUGGCCUGGCCUUGAAAGACAUUUUGCAAUUGGCUGAGCGCCAGGAAGCACACCAUGGGCAGAAACCAUACAUGAGUGUGUCAUGUGGGAGACAAUUCUGGUUUAGUGCAAACCUUCACCAGCACCAACAGCAACACCGUGGGGAGACGCCCUUUAGAAGGAACAAGAGCCAGGCCUUGCUUGAGAACAGCUGCCUUGUCCAAACAUCACAGGUGAUCUCUAUGCAAGAAGGUGGUAUGGACUUCCCAACCAGCUCGAACAUUUUCCAGCACCAGGUCCCCCGCAGUGAGUGGAAGCCACGCAGUACCUCCAAAUGUGAGGAGGGCUUCUCCAGUGGACAAAGACAUUACACAUGCAGUGAAUGUGGGAAAACCUUCAGCCGCAAAGACUCACUUGUCCAGCACCAGAGAGUUCACACUGGAGAAAGGCCUUAUCAGUGUGGUGAAUGUGGGAAAACCUUCAGCCGGAAACCCAUCCUUGCUCAGCACCAGAGAAUCCACACUGGAGAAAUGCCUUAUGAGUGUGGCAUAUGUGGAAAAGUUUUUAAUCACAGCUCUAACCUUAUUGUACAUCAGAGAGUGCACACUGGAGCAAGGCCUUACAAGUGCAAUGAAUGUGGAAAAGCCUACAGCCACAAAUCCACUCUCGUUCAGCAUGAGAGUGUCCACACUGGAGAAAGGCCUUAUGAAUGCAGUGAAUGUGGGAAAUACUUUGGUCACAAGUACAGACUCAUUAAACAUUGGAGUGUCCACACUGGAGCAAGGCCUUAUGAGUGCAUUGCAUGUGGGAAAUUCUUUAGCCAAAGUUCUGACCUUAUUGCACACCAAAGGGUUCACAAUGGUGAAAAGCCUUAUGUGUGCAGCGAAUGUGGAAAAGCUUUUAGUCAUAAGCAUGUUCUUGUUCAGCACCAUCGAAUUCACACUGGAGAAAGACCAUAUAAGUGCAGUGAGUGUGGGAAGGCCUUCCGGCAAAGGGCUUCCCUUGUACGGCAUUGGAAAGUUCACACUGGAGAAAGGUCAUAGGAUAGCCAGGAAUAUGCCAUCUCCUUGUUUGACAAAAUGACUAGUACCAGAAAGGAGCUCCCACAGUAGCCUUCGUGUGUAGCCUUCUAGCCAUCAGUCAAGUUUAAUCUUACACCUUAACACUGCCCGCCCUGGGAGAUUUGAGUGUCGCUUGUAUAGGAAGCGUUCUGGAGCUUUCUUGUUCUUUGGAAGCUGCCCAGGACCCUCGCUGGAAUUACUUGACCAGUGUCUCUGACUGAAGCCAUUUAUCUGCAUAGCGGCAGGUUCCACUUUGUGCACACAUCAUCCCGACAUCCUCAAAGAGGCAGGUCUCUGUCCUCCUCCCUUUCCUAGAGGAAAUAACUGGUGGUGUGGGCUCCUGGAGGACUCUCGCCCCUUCCUGCCCCACACUGGUUUAACCAUGAGGCAGUUUAGGCCGUGAGGAUGUACACUUUGUUCUGUGGUCUGCUUGUAGAGAAGCCUUUGGACACUAUUGACUUCAUAUGGCACUUGUGAUGGGUUUUUCCAUCAUUCAGGACAUCUACCCUGAAAUUUCCUGCCUCAUAUUCUGGUUUAAAAAAAAAAGCCUUAAUUUUUAGACUGGACAUCUUGAGGAUGCUGUUCACUUUGUGGGCUGGAUUGAGAACUGAGUUGAUCUCUGCCAGCAUGAAGCAAUGAAAAGCUUUUGCCAGAGCUCUGUGCCUUGGUCUUACAGGUGAUAGUACGAUGGCAAAGAGUUCCAAUUCUAGUGACAGCCUAAGUUACACUGCUGCUUAAACUCUCCUAGGAAAGAAUAUAUUGGUAUUCUUUGUGAGCCUAUUUGUUUCGUCUGUUUGUCAAGAUAGCAGGUGUGGCUAAGGUCACCCUGAAAUUGUUGUGACAAUCUAGUGUGCCUGGGCGCAGCAUACAUUUAGGUCCUCCUGCAGAGGAUACAGCUCCUUGAGGAGAACUGGGACCUGCCAGGAUCCCUUAAGUCUGUUCGGUAGGCAGCUAUCAUGGGCUGUCACCUGAAACAAUAGGUGGUACAAGGGGACUGCAGCAUACUACAGGGAAAAUGACCCUCCUAAAAGUGCACCCACAUAUGUUUCCAUCACUGUGGCUUUGUUAUGAGAGUUUGCAGAAAUUCUUAAGACUUCCAUACGUGUCUCUUAGAGCUAAGGCCAUUGUUAGAGUAAAUAUAAAUAGUCCUGAUUUCCCCCUCAUCUUUGCCCCGGCAACCAUUGAUCACUGUCACUAUAAGCUUAUCCACACUUCCUAGAAUGUUUUAUAUAUGUGUACAUAUGUACAUAUAUAUGUAAUAUAUGGUAAUUCAGUGUGUAAUGUAUCUGGCUUCUUUAAUUAUACACUAUUGAUUUUAUUCACCCAAGUUCUACUUCAGAAGUUCAUUUCUUUUCAUUUGUACUUUUGCUGAAAGUAUUCCACUGUAGAGAGCUAUAUGCAAUUCCAAAGCAAAUGUUCCAGAAAGAACUCAUACUUAAGAGCCAACUGCAGUAUCUUUUUAUGACCUUAACCUGAAAGUAAAAUUCCACCAUUUCUGAUACAUCCUAUAGGCAUCACUGACUAAUCCUAGUAAAAGAUGGAAGGAAACUCUGCAGUGGGAAAAUAUAAGGAGGUAUGGAUUUGUGAGUACUUUUUUGGAUGCUGAUGACUAUAGUGAUCAGGAUUAUUUUUCUUUUUUCAGUCUUUUAAUGGUAAAUUAAAUAGACUAGUUUUCAAGUAUUAAACCAACUUUGCAUUUCUGGGGUAAUCCUCAUUCAAGAUAUAUGUAUUCAUUUUCUGUAUUAUUGAGUUUUUUAUUUUUUUAAAAAGAUUUAUUUAUAUAUUUGAACAUCAGAAUUACAGUGAGAGGGAGAGACAGAGAUCCUCCAUCCACUGGUUCAUUCCCCAAGUGGCUGAAAUGGCCAGGGCAGAGCCAGGCUGAAGCCAGGAGCCAGGAACUUCUAAUGGGUCUCCCUUGUGGAAGGCAGGGGCCCAAAGACUUCAGCUGUCUUCCAGCUACUCUUCCCAGGCCAUUAGCAGGGAGCUGGAUCAGAAGUGGAGCAGCGAGGACACAAAUGGGUGCCCAUGUAGGAUGCUAGCAUCACAAGCAGUGGCUUUACCUGCUUUGCCAUUAUGCCAGCCCCAAUAUUACACACACUUGAUCUUAGCCAAAAGGCCAAGAAGCGAUAGCCCCAAUAUUUUUCUUAAAAAUGUUUGUAUAUAUAGUCAUAAGAGAUACUAGUUUCUGAUUUUCUUUGAUGCCUAGUUUAGCUUUGGUGUCAGCAAAAUGCUACCUUUACAGAAUGUUAGGAUGUACUCCUUAAUUUUCUGGAAGAGUUUGUGAAAAAUUGGUAUGAUUUCUUCAUUAAAUGUUAGGUACAAUUUACCAAAUGAAGCUAUGUGGACCUGGAUUUUUUUCUGUGUGUUAGUUUCUAACUGCAAGUUUAAUUUCCAUGAUAGACUAAAACUUGAAUAAUUUUUAAAAACUUAAGUAUAGUCAUAUUUAUAGUCAUAAUGUCAUUAAUGCUGUUCUGUUCAAUAAGACUGCAUAUAGGUGGCAGUCUUGUAUGCUUAUAAUGGAGCUGAACAUUUCCUAUCAUUUAAUGACACUGUAAAAGGUAUAAAGUUGAAGUGUAAUAUGCUA